AUGCUCUCUUUAAUUUCUUCUUCCAUAAAAGCAAACUGUGAACACUCACUCAGAGAGGUACAGAGCCAAAGAAUCAAAUCCACAGUUUCAGUUUCUCUCUCUAGUCUCUCUAGCAUUCAUUGUGAGUUGGGGCGUUGCGUGAAUGGAAUCGGAGAAAGCAGUGAAUGUGUUGCAAGUUCUGGUUGUCAUCAUCACCACAGGUCCUCCUUGAGGCAUCAUCAAAACGGCGUCGUUUCCGGGGUUCUUCGUCGCUCCCUCACCGUGGUCCUGGAGCUGCUUAAGUGCUCUGUUUGCUUCGAUUUUAUGUACCUCACCUAUUUAUCAGUGCCACAAUGGACACACACUCUGUUGAAGCUGCAAAGCAAGGGCACUCAGCAAAUGUCCCAGUUGUAUGCAGCAGCUUGGUGAAAGGUGUCUUGCACUGGAGAAGAUGGCCAGGUCACUUGAACUGCAUUGCAAGUAUGAGGAGUUUGGAUGCCCUGAGAUCAUCCCUGACUACACCAAGUGCAUACAUGAAGACUGUGUAACUUCCGGCCAUACAGCUGUCCAUGUUCUGGAUGGGAGUGCUCUGUUGUUGGGAUAUUCCGUUCCCUGUUUCUCACCUGACAGAUAGUACUGAUUUCAUGUCUUAUACCUAGACAUAGACUCUCUUUUUAUAA